AUGGGACUCGACACCGCGUUAGAAUACCAGAAUGAAUGCAUUCGAGACCUCCUGAGAUGCAGUAUAGAUCCUGAGCAAAUUCAGAAUGUCGACCUGCUGGCCGCAUCCAUCAUUCUUCGGACCGACGAGGAAAUGGAUACUCGGUGCCACGAGGGCAGGACUGAUAAAGAGCUGUUUCUUCGAGUCACAGGCGCUUUCAUGGAAGCACAGACCCCUCUCGCCGCCGCGGUGCCGCACAGCCCGCCACAGCCCUAUGAGGCCCUGGUGUCCAAAGAUUUCGAACCUCUUACAGCGGCAUCCGAUGUCGUAGGCGAGAAAACCCACCUUGAAGCUAGUAUGCAUGGCGUAUACUCCACUAGUAACCAACAAGUUCUUCCGGCAAUUCCAACUUCACAAGGUUCCGAGGCAGAGGGACUUCGGGAAGCCUGCUUUUGGAUCGCACUGCGACAAGAGAUUCAUGCUUCUUUCAUGAGUCAGCGAGCUUUCACCUUCACGCUCUCAAAGUUCGAUUCGUUCCGAAACCUUUCGCCAACAAGCGACGCGGUUUGGGCAGAUCGCAUUGUCAUUUUCCAUGCAGACGUCCUUGAGUAUUGUUAUCCUUUGCUGCCAAACACCGGCAUGUAUCACGACAGAUGGCACAAGCUAAAAAGUCAAGCAACAUGUCUGGAGUUCUCACUAUCAAGCUCAUUCCAUCCCAUUUAUUUCCAGGGAGGCGAUCCCGACCGUGGACAACGUCUUCCAGAGAUAUGGUACUUGGACACCUGUCAUGUAACAGCUGCUACAUACAUCGAACUUACCAAAAUAUUGCUGGCCGCUUUGACCCAGAACGACCGAAGUUCGGUAGUGGGUACCUAG